AGUUGUCUUUCUCCUGGUCAAGAGAAUCAUGGCUGAUGGACCUGUCUAGUGUUGCCUCUCACUCAUAUACCUCGCCCUACAUCUAGUCGCCGCGACGAGGAACUUACCCGUCGAUAGGCAGAGGGCACUGCAACACCCUCUGCAGUCGUGGGCGACGGUUGUGGCCCGUAUAGCCUUGGUCUUUUGGAUCCUGUCCGCCAUUGCGGUGCCGGCUUCUUUUGUAAAGGUGGAUAAAAAGACAACCGACUUACGGCCAGGCCAUGUUGACAUUGUGGUUUGUGUUUUCGGACUUAUCUCUAUAAGCAUUGUCACAUUUGUCAUCGAAUAUUCGGAUGCCCCUUUUACACUUCCACGCAUCACUCCAGAGCAUAUAACCUGUCGUUUGAGCGCUUUAGGCGCAGAAGAGGCAUUCGUGAGCGUUUCGCGACAAUGCUCGGCCGAGAUGGUGCCUGAGAAGCUCAAAGAGAUAAAAGAGGCAGACCACUCCCAGCACCCGACAGCGCAAGAACAGAUACAAAAGGCCGCCUUUGCGAGGCAGAAAUUUGGGAAACCAGCUGCAGGGGAGCAACCAAACAGGGUCGUGUCAUCACCUCUAGGGCCGAGACCAAUGCCGGGUACGAUACCUGAGGGCAUAGAACCACGAGCUUUGAUACCAGUGACACACCAGCCUAGGGAACCAAUUACACAGGUUAUCCUUCCGCAGGAGCCAAGGCCUGCUCACGUAGGUGUCCAAGCAGAAGGAUGGAAGACGCAGUGGAGGGAGCUCAAAAGCGAGGCGGGCAUCACAUCUGAGGGUAGCACACCCACCAUUACUCCGGCGACGAGCGUGUCGACCAGGCCAUAUUCGCACGCCAGACGAGCUCCAUCGAGGGAUGCGCUGCGGCGGCAGCAGAACGAGAGAAUUUCACUUCGAGUACCGCCCAUGCCGAGGGGCCAGCCGGUCAGGGAAUCGAGGUACGCCGGUCAACAGGGGAGGCCGCUGUAUCCACCAUUGCCGCCGUCCAGGCCGCCGCUGGGAUGCAAUGGAACGUCGGCGGUGCGAGCACACCAAGGUGCCUUGUCACCUGGCAUGCAAAGAACGCCACCGGCGCCAACGGCAGCGCUGAACCCAAGGCCGAGGAUGCCAACUGGUGCGGUCCCGCCAGGUCAUUACAGACGAGUGUUUGAACAGCCUGUCAGGGGGCCGCGGGCUGAGGAUUUUGUUUCUGGCAGAGACGGUUUGGAUAAUGGCAUGAUUUCACAGAGUAUGAGACAGUCCAGCAAUCCUCGAGUUCCCGGUAGUUGGAACGAGGUGACGGUUUAAUGGUCUUGAAGAUUUGUCAAAUUCGUCGUACCUUUGCUGGCUGGAAGAUUGUCCAAUAUUAUCUGUCUAGGGAUUAUUUUUUUGUUAAUUCUGCAGGUCAAACCCAAUCGACCGACGCUACUCCGU